CACUUCCGUUACAAAUUCUGACGGGUCGUCUAAUCUAUCAAAACACGGGCGCUCGGAGUUUUGUAUUCGUGGAAUUUAGACGAGGCUGGCACUGCUCGCUUAAAUUGGUCACCCCCGUCGUUUUAUUCUAGAAUUGUAUUCCUUCCAUUAUUUAACGUGCACGCUCAAAAUUAGGACCGGAAAUGUCGCGUUUUAGUGACGUCACAUAGCUGCGCCGGUUUAGUUCAAGAUGUCCCAGGAUAUUAUCGGUCCGGCUCUUCCUCCAGGAUUUUGUGCUGCUAACGAAGAGGAAGACAAAGAGGAUGUUGCAGGUCCAGUAUUGCCUCCUGGCUACAAGUACAACCACAGUUCAGACUCAUCCGAGGACAGUGAUGAGGAGACUUCAUCCAGCACCAUGCACCACAACAGACUGUCUACUGGAAAGGACAAAAAUGAUUCCACAAACAGAAAAAUUGGAAAGGCUUCAGAUGAUGAUGAUGAUUUUUUUGGUCCUGCUCUCCCUCCAGGCUUUAAGAAACGAUCGGACUCCCCUGAUAGGCCUGUUAUAGGUCCUGCCCUACCUCCUGGCUUCAAAAGACCCGAUUCAGAUAGUGAGGAUGAUUCACAUAAAGGUUCUGCAGACGAAAAGCAUAAGUCAGAUGAUAGUGACGAGGAUGAUGAUGAUGGAAUUGUCGGCCCACUUCCUGCCAAAGGCCCGGUUCAAUCAAAUGUUGCUGAGGAUAUUGAACGCAGAGCUUGGAAGAUGAAGCAGAAACUUACAGGGAAAGAUGAUGGCCCCAAAAAUCCAACCAGGGAAACAUGGAUGACUGAGCUUCCUCCGGAGCUAACCAACUUUGGACUUGGCGCAAGAACUUUCAAGCGGAAAGCUAUUGAAAAGUCUGGUGAUCGAUCUGAUUGGACAGACACCCCUGCGGAACGAGAACGGAAAGCACAAGAGAAGCAAGAGGGUAAAGUUUCCAGUAAAAAGGGUGAAGAAACACCAGAGGUGUCAGAAAAAGACAGACGACUGGCAGAUCAAAUAUCCACCUAUAAUGAUGCAAAAAGAUCAAAAUCACUCUUGGAUCUUCACCGUAAAAAGCUGAAGAGGAAAUCUGAAGACAAUAAAGAUAAAACGAAGGAGAGAAGAGCGUUUGACAGAGAACAAGAUCUGCAAGUGAAUCGCUUUGAUGAGGCUCAAAAGAAAGCUUUGUUACGGAAAUCCAAAGACCUGAAUACGAAAUUCUCCCAUGGCGGCGGCAGUAUGUUUUUGUAGGUAGACCAUACUGUGCAAGGGAGAAAAUAACGCUAUUGUAUAUGCACAGAAGGCUGUUUUCUUCUUUUUCCAGUUUCUUUUGAACCCAAAUGUCACCCAGACAGUGUCUUUCAUAAUUGAAUAUGAAUAUGUGCUUUAGCUGUACUGAUCUACUGCACAUGUUCCUCCAUUGACUGCAGCUGAUGUAUACAAGUAUAGCCUGAUCAUGUAUGAUCUGGUCAAUCUAAAUUGUGAUCCAGAAAUUGCAUAUAAUAACUUAUUUGUGUUGUAAAUACUAUGGUACUACAUUUUUACCUAACAAGAUGCAAAUUUUAAUGAUAGCCUUACCAUUUACUGGCAUUUUUUAAAUGUCCACUUUUAUGGACUUUUUCUGCUUUCAUUUUGCCCAGCGUAUUAAACAAGACUUUCAAGGAUUUGCUAGUUCAGCUAUCUAUUGCAAUGUAUUUGAGCCAAAGUUUUUUUAUUUUUUACAUUUACUGUUCUUGAAAUUUUUUGUGCAAUCUUUGCAUUGCUGUGCACAUUUGGGAAGACAUAAAGAAUCUACAUUGGUGACUUGUUUUUACAAGCUACAGCUGUCAUCAUCAUUGAUUGGAAUACCUGCGUAGUUAUUCAGUGCCAAUGAUGCACUAUAAUUGAGGAAGAAUGACUUUAAAGCCUAGCCAGGCUUUUGACAAUAAAUUAUUUACAUAUCUCUAAUAGUUUAUUUACUCCACGUCA